AUGUCGCACAGGAAGUUCGAAGCGCCUCGCCACGGCUCUCUGGCCUUCUUGCCUAGGAAGAGGGCUGCCAGACAUAGGGGCAAGGUGAAGUCCUUCCCUAAGGAUGAUCCCAAGGCCAAGGUGCACCUCACCGCCGCCAUGGGCUACAAGGCGGGCAUGACCACCAUCGUGCGCGACUUGGACCGCCCCGGUGCGAAGCUGCACAAGAAGGAGAUCGUCGAGGCCGCCACGGUCAUCGAAACUCCUCCGAUGAUGGUUGUUGGUUUGGUCGGCUACAUCGAGACCCCUCGUGGCCUGCGCUCGUUGACCACUGUGUGGGCUGAGCAUCUCUCCGACGAGCUCAAGAGGCGAUUCUACAAGAACUGGUACCGCAGCAAGAAGAAGGCCUUCACCAAGUACGCCAAGAAGCACGCUGAAGAGGGCUCGAAGAAUAUCACACAGGAGCUCGAGCGCAUGAAGAAGUACUGCACCGUCAUCCGUGUCCUCACCCACUCCCAGAUCGGCAUGACCCCGCUCAAGCAGAAGAAGGCACACUUGAUGGAGAUUCAGGUCAACGGUGGCUCCAUCGCCGACAAGAUCGAGUUCGGCCACGGUCUCUUCGAGAAGCCCGUCGAGAUCGACAGCAUCUUCGAGCAAGACGAGAUGAUCGACUGCAUCGCCGUCACCCGCGGUCACGGUUACCAGGGUGUCACCAGCAGAUGGGGCACGAAGAAGCUGCCUCGCAAGACGCACAAGGGUCUCCGCAAGGUCGCUUGUAUCGGUGCAUGGCAUCCUUCCCACGUGCAGUGGACUGUGGCUCGUGCUGGUCAGAUGGGUUACCACCACCGUACUUCCGUCAACCACAAGGUCUACCGUAUUGGCAAGGGCACCGACGAGGGCAAUGCCAGCACAGACUUUGACGUCAGCAAGAAGAAGAUCACCCCAAUGGGUGGCUUCGUCCGCUACGGCGAGGUAAAGAACGACUUCGUGCUCCUCAAGGGCUCCGUACCCGGCACGAAGAAGCGUGUCAUGACCCUCCGCAAAUCCAUGUUCACCCACACUGCCCGUCGCGCGCUCGAGAAGAUCGAUCUCAAGUGGAUCGACACCUCGUCCAAAUUCGGUCAUGGUGUAUACCAGACCCCGGCCGAGAAGAGGCAGGCUCAAGGUACGCUCAAGAAGGAUCUUACUGUCGCUGCUUAG